UAGGAUAUUAUAUAUUAAUUUUUUCAAUUCAACUCAUUGGGGGUUUACAUGGGGUAUUUACCCGUUCAGAAAGAUUCUAUGAUGUUUUUGGGUGUGGGACAUUCAUUUUAAAUGGUAUAUUAAUGUUGAUUGAAAAUUAUGAUGAAGUUCCCAGUCAUUUGCAAGAUAAAAGCUAUAUGGGCUUAAAAAGGGCUCUAUUAGUAUCAAUUUUAAUUAUUGUAUGGUCAGGAAGAUUACUUAUAUUCCUUAAUGACAGAAUUAAAAAGCAUGGUGGUGUUGACAAAAGAUUCAACGAUGUCAGGGACAAACCAGCAAAAUUUUUAUACUACUGGAUGAUGCAAGGUGUUUGGAUUAGCUGUAUUUUAACACCAUUAUUUUUAGUAUCAAGACAACACUUUUCAAUCUCAAUAUCAAUUACCGAUUACCUCUUAAUUAUAUUCUGGGUAUGUGCUUUUGUAAUGGAAACACUUGCUGAUGUUCAAAAAACCAUUUUCCUUAUGAAGCCAGAAAAUAAAAACAAAUUUAUCAAUAUUGGUCUAUGGAAGAAACUUCGUCAUCCAAACUACUUUGCCGAAAUUUUAAUGCAUGCCACCAUCUAUAUCUUAUGUGCUAGAGGUCUAAAUAGCAGAAUUGAUCAAAUGAUUGCUCUCAUUGCUCCAAUCUUCAAAGUAUUCCUCAUGACAAAAAUUGCAACCCCAAUGUUGGAAAAAAUAGCUGAUAAUAAAUUUAAAUCACAGCCACAAUACCAACAAUAUAAACAAUCAACUUGGAAAAUUAUUCCAUUUAUAAAUUAAAAAUAAUAAAAACAAAUUAUAAUUAAAAUUAUAAUUUAAAUAAAUGU